UCUCAUUCAUUCAUUCAUUCAUUCAUCCAACAAAAAUAAGAAUAAAAAUGAACAAGACCUCUCUCCUUGUUCUCUUCUCCCCCCUCCUCCUGUUCUCCCUCUCCCUCGCCGCCGACCCCGACAUGCUCCAGGACCUCUGCGUCGCCGAUCUCACCUCCGGAAUCAAAGUAAACGGCUACCCAUGCAAGCCUGCGGAUGCAAUCUCUGCCUCUGACUUCUCAUUCACGGGCAUCUCCAACCCUGGGCCCACAAACAACACGAUGGGCUCCCUCGUCACGGGCGCCAACGUCGAGAAAAUCCCAGGCCUCAACACCAUGGGAGUCUCCAUGUCUCGCAUAGACUAUGCCUUGGGCGGCCUCAACCCCCCUCACACUCACCCUCGAGCGACCGAGAUGGUGUUCGUCCUCGAGGGCCAGCUCGACGUGGGAUUCAUCACCACAGCAAACAAACUCAUAGCGAAAACCAUCACCAAGGGCGAAGUCUUCGUGUUUCCAAAGGCAUUGGUGUAUUUCCAAAAGAACAGUGGAAAUGGGACUGCGUCGGUGAUUGCAGCAUUUGACAGUCAGUUUCCAGGGACGCAGUCUAUCGCUGCGACGCUGUUUUCUGCGUCGCCCGCUGUGCCUGAUCAUGUGCUGACGAAGGCGUUUCAGGUUGGGACUAAGGAGGUGGAGAAAAUUAAGGGAAGGUUUGCCCCUAAGAAUUAAGUGAAAUCAUCGAUGAUUUCGUGUAUAUCGUUUUUUUUCUGUUGGUGGUGAGUAAAUCGAAGGUUGUUUGUUCUUGUUGUGAUAACCGUGAUUUCACGAGGAGGGCAUGCAUUUACAGUUUGUUUA